AUCGAGGGAGAAUGGGGUGCUCCUCCUUUCACUCCCAGUCAUCGUUAACAGGUUGAUCAAAUUUUAAGUUAGUGUUUAUGAGGUUGUCCAUUUAGCCCCACAACAUGAAGGUGCAGAAGUAAUAAUAAUGCUAAUCACUUUCGUUUGUAAUGCACAGAAGAGGCCUCUGACAGUUUCUGGUGUGAUGACAUGCGUGUGAAGCACCAUGGCCGUGAUGAUUCCACCAGUAAAGCUUAAAUGGCUGGAGCACUUGAACAGCUCCUGGAUCUCAGAAGACAGCGAGUCCAUCUCCACACGUGAGGGGGUGGCACUGCUUUAUGCGAAGCUGCUGGCCAAUAAGGAGGUGGUUCUGCUGCCUCAGCAGGUGCUAUGUUUGAAAGGCCCACAGCUGCCAGACUUUGAACGAGAAUGUUUGUCCAGCGAUGAGCAAGAACAUUAUCUGGACGCUUUGCUGGCCAGCCAGCUUGCCCUGGCCAAGACCGUCUGUUCUGACUCGCCUUUCGCCACCGCGCUCCGCAAACGUCUCUUGGUCCUGCAGCGCAUUUUCUAUGCACUUUCCAACAAGUACCACGAUAAGGGCAAGGUGAAGCAGCAGCAGCAUUCACCCGAGAGCACGCUGGGAUCUGCGGACAUGCACGCGGUCAGUGAACGUCCUCGAUCCAGUACAGACGCGCUGAUUGAGAUGGGUGUGCGGACCGGGCUCAGCCUGCUCUUUGCGCUGCUCAGACAGAGCUGGACCAUUCACCCCACCGGGCCGGGACCCAACCUCUGCAACGAUGUCAUCACCACCGCCAUCGAAGUGGUGGGCUCUCUGCCGCCACUCUCGCUGGCCAACGAGAGUAAAAUCCCCCCCAUGGGCUUGGACUGCUUAGCUCAGGUGACCACGUUUCUAAAGGGCGUGACGAUGCGGAACUCCGGGGCGGACAUGGUGGGUCGGCGGCUGGCUUGUGAACUACUGCUGGGUUUGGCUGCCCAGCGAGGUUCCCUGCGCUACCUGCUGGAGUGGGUAGAGAUGGCACUGGCUGCCUCAGCUGGCGUCACGAGCGUCGAACCCAGCAAAGCCACGCCGAACCAAGAGGGACUGAUCGGAUACGACUGCUUCAUGAACAUUCUCAUGCAGAUGAGACGCUCUCUGGGGUCAUCUGCUGACCGUAGCCAGUGGAGAGAGCCAGUGCGUACCCCCGAUGGUCUGUGUUCCCUGUAUGAGGCUGCGCUGUGUCUUUUUGAGGAGGUAUGUCGGAUGGCGUCGGACUACUCCAGGACGUGUGCAAGUCCAGACAGCAUCCAGACCGGGGAGGCAGCGAUGGUGUCAGAGACCUGUGAGGUUUAUGUGUGGGGGAGUAACAGCAGCCACCAGCUGGUGGAGGGAACUCAGGAGAAAAUCCUCCAGCCCAAACUGGCACCCAGCUUCAGUGAUGCACAGACGAUUGAGGCUGGUCAGUAUUGUACCUUUGUCAUUUCCUCUGAUGGCUCUGUAAGAGCCUGUGGGAAGGGAAGUUAUGGGCGCCUGGGACUGGGUGACUCCAAUAAUCAGUCCACUCUGAAGAAGUUAACGUUUGAACCUCACCGCGCCAUCAAAAAAGUGUCGUCAUCCAAGGGCUCAGAUGGCCACACGCUGGCGUUUACCAGUGAAGGGGAGGUUUUUAGCUGGGGAGACGGAGACUAUGGCAAACUGGGGCAUGGCAACAGCUCCACCCAGAAAUAUCCCAAACUCAUACAGGGCCCACUGCAAGGAAAGGUGGUGGUGUGUGUGUCUGCAGGCUACCGGCACAGCGCAGCUGUCAGUGAGGAUGGAGAGUUGUACACAUGGGGUGAAGGAGACUUCGGGAGACUGGGUCAUGGCGAUAGUAACAGCAGAAAUAUUCCCACACUAGUGAAGGACAUCAGUAACGUCGGUGAGGUCUCUUGUGGGAGUUCCCACACCAUAGCACUGUCCAAAGAUGGACGCACUGUCUGGUCAUUUGGCGGAGGGGACAAUGGGAAACUAGGUCAUGGGGACACUAACCGUGUGUAUAAACCCAAAGUUGUGGAGGCGCUGCAAGGCAUGUUCAUCAGGAAAGUGUGUGCAGGCAGCCAGUCGUCUCUAGCCCUCACCUCCACGGGGCAGGUCUAUGCCUGGGGCUGCGGUGCUUGUCUUGGCUGUGGGUCGUCUGAGGCCACGGCACUCAGACCCAAACUCAUCGAAGAACUCGCCACCACCAGAGUGGUCGACAUCUCCAUAGGCGACAGCCACUGCCUUGCCUUAUCCCACGAUAAUGAGGUGUAUGCGUGGGGAAAUAACUCCAUGGGCCAGUGUGGGCAGGGGAACUCCACUGGACCCAUUACCAAACCGAAGAAGGUGAUUGGUUUAGAUGGAGUUGCCAUUCAGCAAAUUUCCGCUGGAACCUCCCACAGUUUAGCCUGGACCGCUCUCCCCAGAGACAGGCAGGUGGUGGCAUGGCACAGGCCCUACUGUGUUGACUUGGAGGAGAGCACUUUCUCUCACCUGCGUUCAUUUCUGGAACGGUACUGUGAUGGUAUCAACAGUGAGAUUCCACCCCUGCCCUUCCCUUCCUCCAGGGAACAUCAUAACUUCCUAAAACUGUGCCUACGACUUCUGUCCAAUCACCUGGCUCUUGCUCUGGCGGGGGGUGUGGCCACCAGUAUUUUGGGCCGGCAGGCGCGCCCGCUGCGCAACCUGCUAUUCAGAUUAAUGGAUGCCUCAGUGCCUGACGAAAUCCAGGAGGCUGUUAUUGAGACAUUAUCAGUGGGAGCGACAAUGCUGUUGCCUCCUCUUAGGGAGAGAAUGGAGCUGCUCCACUCUCUGCUGCCACAGGGACCAGACCGCUGGGAGAGCCUCUCAAAAGGACAGAGGAUGCAGCUGGACAUUAUCCUGACCAGUCUUCAGGACCACACCCAUGUGGCGUCUCUGCUCGGCUACAGUUCUCCCCCUGAUGCUUCGGAACCUCUCACCCUACCCGUCGACUCUGCACAUGCUCCGGACACACACUCUGACACACACCCUGACACACACCUGGCCGAGAUUCUCAUGAAGACCCUUCUUAGGAACCUUGGUUUUUACACUGAGCAGGCAUUUGGAGAACUAGAGAAGAACAGUGAUAAACUGCUACAGGGCACAUCGUCUUCCGACAGUAGCCAGCCAGCUCACCUACAUGAGCUGCUGUGCUCUCUCCAGAAACAGCUAUUGGCUUACUGCCACAUUAACUGUGUAACAGAGGGCUCCAGCAGUGUGGCUCUACUUCAUAAACAUCUACAGCUAUUACUGCCUCACGCCACCGAUAUCUUCACCCGUUCAGCCAACCUGCUCAAAGAAAGUUCCGGAAACGGCAGCGUACGUGAAAAACUCCGAGAUGUGAUCUACGGCUCUGCAGCAGGCAGCAUGCUGUGUCAGAUUGUGACCUCACUGCUGUUGCUGCCUGUGUGGGUUGCUCGGCCGCUCCUCAGUUUCCUGUUGGACCUCCUGCCUCCGCUGGACCGUCUCAACAGGCUCCUGCCUGCCGCUACUCCACUGGAAGACCAGGAGCUACAGUGGCCUCUGCAUGGCACCACAGAGAUGGUGGACCCAGGUUGUAUGAGUGGAUCAGCACAGAGCUGGGUGUGGCUGGUGGAUUUGGAGCGGACUGUGGCAUUACUGGUGGGACGUUGUCUUGGGGGCAUGCUGCAAGGAGCCCCUCCUUCACCUGAGGAACAGCAUACAGCCUACUGGCUGAAAACCCCCCUGUUUAGCAAUGGACUUGAGACAGACAUCCCACAGCUAGAUGCCUGUAUCAGCUCUCUGCUGGAGGUAGCGUUAUGUGGUAAUGAAGAGCAGAGGCUGUUUGACUGUCCACUCCGUGCUGAUAUGAGUGUACUGGUGGACCUGGCCUUGGGCUCCACUAAAGAACCAACACACAGCCUGUGGACCAACAUGCAGGACUAUGCCAUCAGCAAAGACUGGGAUAGUGCAUCUCUGAGUAAUGAGGUUCUGCUGGACACUGUGUCACGCUUCAUUUUGGCUGCGCUGCUCAAGCACACAGGACUACUGGGCCAGGCCUGUGGAGAGGGCAGGUAUCAGCCGUGUAAGCUGCUGGCUGAGGUCUAUCGCAGUGUGUAUAAGGUGCGGAAUCGCCUGCUGGCCUGUAAAAACAUGGAGCUGAUUCAGACUCGGUCGUCAUCCAGAGAACGCAGGAUCUCUGAUAACAUGGACUCUGUGGAGAUGGAUCCACAGGAGCACUCGUUCACUCGCACCAUCGACGAGGAGGCUGAAUUGGAGGAACGUGCCGACCGAGAGAGAGAACGAGAGGGCAGUCAUCAAGAACAGGAGGAUGAAGAUGACGAAAGAGAGCAUGAAGUCAUGACUGCAGGCAAAAUCUUUCAAUGUUUCCUCUCAGCGCGGGAGGUGGCCCGUGGACGGGAGCGGGAACGGGAGCGCGUUGGCAGCGUGAGCAGGCAGGAGGAGCCGGCUCAGGUGGGGCUGGAGCGCAGAGCCAGCUGUGGCCUGCAGGAAGGCCAGGAUCUCUACACCACAGCAUGCAAUGCCCUUAUUCACCGCUGUGCCAUGGUCCUAUUGGCUGUCAGCCCUCCACUCUCACAGCACACCAAUCAGCAGCCAUCAGCGGGUGGGACCACUCAGGACGGAGGGAGCUUUAUGACCAGGAGUGAAAGUCUGUCAGCUGAGAGUCGGUCCAUCCAGAGUAGUCCCAGCUACAGACUCAUUAAAUCCAGAAGUGAGUCAGACCUCUCCCAGCCGGAAUCUGACGAGGAAGGAUAUUCACUGGGUGGUAGGAGAAAUGAUCUGGACUUGGCCUUUUCCCAUAAGAAGAGAGGCAUACAUCACAGUACCCCGGACUCGGCUGACACAUGGUUUGGCGGGCACACGGGACGAGACUGGAUGUACAGCUCAUUGCUGUCAUAUGAGGACUCAGACUUGGACCUCAGUCUCUCGUUGGGUAUACAUGCACUUAUUGACAACAUUGUGAGUUUCAUCAGUGGAGAUGUGGGAAACACGCCAGCGUUUAAGGACCCAGAGGAGGGCAUGUCAACCAACCCUCAGGCCAUAAUUACUGCCAUGGAACAACAGCAGAGCAGAGCUGAGUUGCGUUUGGAGGCUUUGCACCAAAUUGUGGUGUUGAUUUCUGGGAUGGAGGAGAAAAGCAGCCAACCUGGGGCUGCAGGCACAGUUGGGCGUAGUGGCCCUGUCUUCCACUCUGCUUCCCUGUUGACGUCUGUCAGACUCCAGUUCCUCUCUGGAUGCUUUGGCCUUGGUGCUUUUGGAAACGGGGGGCUAAAGGGAGAGAGUGUCCAACUCCACCACUAUCAGGAUGGUGUCCGGGCCGCUAAAAAGAAUUUACAGAUGGAAAUUCAGACAGCUGUACACAAAAUCUACCAACAACUCUCAGUCACAUUGGAGAGAGCUUUACAAGCCAAUAAACACCAUAUAGAGGCUCAACAGCGACUGCUCCUGGUGACUGUGUUUGCAUUGAGUGUGCGGUACCAGCCUGUGGAUGUGUCAUUGGCCAUCUCCAGCGGGCUGCUGGAUGUGCUUUCUCAGCUGUGUGGCACAGAGACACUGCUGGGACAGACUCUGCACCUGCUUCACAAACCUGCCGGCUCUCAGCUCAGCACCGCACUCAAAGUUGCCAGUACUCGCCUGCUGCAGAUCCUGGCCAUCAGUACAGGGACCUAUGCUGACAGGCUGAGUCCUAAGGUCGUCCAGGCUCUGUUGGAUCUGCUGUGCAGUCAGCUGAAGACUCUGCUCUCUCAGGCUGCUGGCAGUGGGCUGAACACCAGCCCCGAACAAGACGACAAAAUGGAAGACUGCGGUGAUGCCCAGAAAAAAGACUUCAGAGCCUUGUUGCGUAAGCAGCACACCGCUGAGCUGCAUCUCGGAGACUUCCUGGUAUUUCUACGUCGCGUCGUGUCUUCUAAAGCCAUCCAGUCUAAGAUGGCAUCUCCCAAAUGGACAGAGGUCCUGCUGAAUAUCGCGGCCCAAAAAUGCUGCUCAGGGGUUCCUUUGGUGGGUAACCUGAGGACGCGCUUACUGGCCCUUCAUGUGCUGGAGGCUGUGCUGCCUGCCUGUGAAAACAGCGUGGAGGAUCAUCAGAUGACCCAGGUGGUGGAGCGCCUGUUCUCUUUGCUGUCAGACUGUAUGUGGGAGGCUCCAGUGGCCCAGGCCAAACAUAGUAUUCAACUGAAAGAGAGAGAGCAGGAGCUGAAGCUACAGGGUGAGCUGGAGGAAGAGGAAGAGAAUCUACCCAUUCAGGAGGUAACCUUUGACCCUGAGAAGGCUCAGUGUUGUGUGGUGGAGAGCGGACAAGGCCUUACACAUGGCAGUGGGGGCAAAGGUUACGGCCUUGCUGCCACUGGAAUCUCCUCAGGCUGCUACCAGUGGAAGUUCUACAUCGUGAAGGAGAAUCGUGGUAAUGAGGGGACAUGUGUGGGCGUAUCUCGUUGGCCUGUACAUGACUUUAAUCACCGAACCACAGCUGAUAUGUGGCUGUACCGAGCCUACAGUGGAAACCUCUACCACAAUGGCGAGCAGACACUCACUCUGUCCAGCUACACACAGGGAGACUACAUCACCUGUGUGCUGGACAUGGAGGCCAGAACUAUCUCAUUUGGCAAGAACGGAGAGGAGCCCAAACUGGCCUUUGAAGACGUGGAUGCCACUGAGCUCUUCCCUUGUGUCAUGUUCUACAGCAGCAACCCUGGAGAGAAGGUGAAGAUCUGUGAUAUGCAAAUGAGAGGAACUCCCCGUGACCUGUUGCCGGGCGAUCCCAUUUGCAGCCCAGUUGCCACGGUGCUCGCGGAGGCGACCACUCAGCUGAUCCGCAUCUUGCAUCGCUCCGAGCGCUGGACUGCGCCCAUCAACCAUUGCAUGUUACAGCGACUACAACACAUCCGUGGCUGCCUCAGGGAGGGGGGAACUUCGGGGGGCAGUCGUCUGCGGAAGAGUCGCUCCGCCCAGAGCAGGGAGGAGCAAGACGACAGAGAGGAGGAGAGAGAUGAGGACAGAAGAAGGGCGGGAGGGCGUCACUGCACACCCGAACUCUCAGACACUCACCUGCGGACGCUGUGCAGCCAGGUGUGGCCCGUGUUGGCUGUGAUUGGUGGAGCAGACGGAGGUCUGCGGGUGGGCGGCAGGUGUGUUCACAAACAGACGGGCCGCCAUGCCACCCUGCUGGGCGUGGUCAAAGAGGGCAGCACCUCGGCCAAAGUGCAGUGGGACGAGGCAGAGAUUACCAUCAGCUUCCCCACUUUUUGGUCACCUAGCGACACUCCCCUCUACAACCUGGAACCCUGUGAGCCGUUGCCCUUUGACGUGGCUCGUUUCCGUGGCCUGACCGCCGCUCUGCUGCGGGACCUGACCGCCCUCGCCAGCCUGCAAGACGACGUCGCCAAGCCUGCCGCUCGAAGACACGAGCGUCGUCACCGCCACGAACAGGAGGAGCGAGAGAGCGAGACGCGCACGGAGACCAAAGAGGGCGGAGACCUCCGUGUAUCUCACAGCCUGGAUGAAGUUAGAUCUCACGCCGCCCCUAACUCCCGCUCCGAGAGCGAGCUGGCCGCCUACGCCUUGGACGCCCCGCAGCCCCCCCCAGAGGGCCGACGCAGGCAGCAGGAGGCCGAGACGCGUGGAAACGUGCAGGAGAUCGCCGCGCUGUCAGAAGUGCACGCCAUACAGCUGUCCUAUCUGUAUCUGGGCGCCAUGAAGACGCUCAGCGUGUUACUCAGCUGCAGCAAAUACGCCGAGCUGCUCCUCAUCCCCAAAGUGUUGCCGGACAGCAGUCACAACGCCGACUGUGCCAGCAGCAGCCCUGGUGCCAGCGUAUGCCAGGAGGAGGCGGAGAUGCGCACGGCGCUGCAGUUUCUCAUGAGGCACAUGGUGAAGAGGGCGGUGAUGCGUUCCCCAAUCAAACGGGCGCUGGGACUGGCAGACCUGGAGCGGGCACAGGCUAUGAUUUACAAACUAGUGGUCAAUAGCCUGUUGGAGGAACAGGAAGGGGGCAAAACCAAACUCGUGGAUGCAGAGUUGGAGGAGCUGGAGGGAGAGCAGCACUUCCAGACGCCUGUCACCACGAGCCCCUCCGCAUCCAGCAGCACGUCUUUCAUGAGCUCCUCUCUGGAGGACACUACCACAGCAACAACCCCAGUUACUACGGCAACGACCCCUGUUACAGAUGCUGAAACGGCACCUGCCACAGAGUCUCCGGGUGUAAUGCCACUCAGCCUGCUCAGGCAGAUGUUCUCCAGUUACCCGACCACCACCCUGCUCCCGGCUCGGCGAGCCCAGACUCCGCCCGUCUCCUCUCUGCCCACGUCACCCUCAGACGAGCACGGGCGGAGACAAAGCCUCACAUCACCGGAGUCCCAGCCCGCAAGAACCACCAACAGAACAGCUCUGUCCGACCCCAGUAGCCGUCUGUCCACCUCACCUCCACCUCCUGCCAUCGCUGUUCCCCUGCUGGAGAUGGGCUUCUCUUUGAGACAGAUAACCAAAGCACUGGAGGCUACAGGUGCGAGAGGAGAAGCUGAUGCCCAGAACAUCACGGUCCUGGCCAUGUGGAUGAUAGAGCAUCCAGGGACGGCUGAGUCGGAGGAGCCCCACGGGGGAGGAUCAGAGCCCUGCCCUGGGGCCGCAGGAGGAGGCAAGAGCGGCGAGAGGAGUUACCUCCGUUCACCUGGAGACAUCCCUAAUGCUGAUGCAAGUGAGAUGGAGGAGGGCUUCAGUGAGAGCCCUGAAGGACUGGACCAGGAUUCUGCUUCUGCGUCCACUGGGCCUGCCCACAGGGGCCGUGCUGCAGCCAACAGGAAACACCGCUUUGACCUAACAGCACGCACACUACUGGCUCGUGCAGCGGGAUUGUACCGGUCAGUGCAGGCUCAUCGUACCCAGGCACGCCGUGAGGGCACAGGGCUGCAGCAGGAGUCUGGACCCCUGGGAGCGCUGUAUGACUUUAACCUGGACGAGGAGCUGGAGCUGGAGCUGGACCAGGAGGCCAUGGAGGCCAUGUUCACCCAGGAACUGGCCUCUGACUCUGACAUUCUGGGAAUGUGGAUCCCAGAGGUACUGGACUGGCCAACAUGGCAUGUGUGUGAGUCUGAGGAUCGGGAGGAAGUUGUUUUGUGUGAGUUGUGUGAGGUCAACGUGUCCAGCUUCAACCAGCACAUGAAGAAGAGUCACCCAGGAUGCGGACGCAGUGCCAACCGGCAGGGUUACCGUAGCAACGGCUCUUACGUGGACGGCUGGUUCGGCGGAGAGUGCGGCAGCGGAAACCCGUACUACCUGCUCUGUGGCAACUGCCGGGAAAAAUACCUCAACAUGAAAAGCAAGAUCAAAGGAGCACUUCCAGAGAGAUACAAAGGACAAGCUCCAGACCUCUUAGGAAAACAGGACAGCGUAUAUGAAGAGGACUGGGACAUGCUGGAUGUGGAUGACUCUGAGCGGCUUACUGGUGAGGAGGAGUUUGAGUUGUUAUCCGCUCCACUGGGUCUGAGUGAACGCAGGCUGGUUCCAGAGGCUGUACACUUCCCUGACACUGACCCUCUCGGAGCAUCCGUUGCCAUGGUCACUGCCACCAACAGCAUGGAAGAAACUCUGCUACAGAUAGGUUGUCAGAGUUCGGUGGAUAAGAGCUCCUCAGGGCGCAUGUCUCUGGGGGAGCAGGCGGCCGGGCUGCAGACGGCCACAGACCGCCUGGUGGCGCUGAAGAGAGUCACUGCAGCCGCUCAGGUUCUGCUGGCCAGGACCAUGGUGAUGAGAGCAUUGUCUCUACUCUCAGUGAGUGGCUCUAGCUGCAGUCUUGCUGCUGGACUGGAAUCUUUGGGUCUAACAGACAUCAGGACCCUGGUACGUCUCAUGUGUUUGGCUGCCGCCGGCCGGGCCGGGCUCUCUACCGGCCCGGUGUCUGGACCCGGAACUUCAGAACGUCCGCGAGGAGCCAAUAAGACCACUAAACCCAUCUCCUGCCUGGCCUACCUCAGCACCGCUGUGGGCUGUCUGGCCUCCAAUAGCCCCAGUGCUGCCAAACUGCUUGUCCAGCUGUGUACUCAGAACCUGAUCUCAGCAGCGACCGGUAUGAAUCUGACAACAGUGGAUGAUCCCAUCCAGAGGAAGUUCCUGCCCAGUUUCCUACGGGGUGUGGCUGAGGAGAAUAAACUGGUGACGUCACCAAACUUUGUGGUGACCCAGGCUCUGGUGGCCCUCCUAGCAGAUAAAGGAGCUCGACUGAGACCAGGAUAUGACAAGGCCGAGCUAGAAAAGAAAGGGUUAAUCUCGCCUUUCUAUGCCCACCUUUCCUGUGCCCCUCCUGCUGUAGGCCCGUUGGAGCUGGCCAAUGCGCUCGCAGCGUGCUGCCUCUCCUCCCGCCUCUCCUCACAGCACCGCCAAUGGGCCGCGCAGCAGUUGGUGCGCACAUUGGCCGCCCACGACCGUGACAACCAGAGCCGGCCACAGACCUACGCCGACAUGGCAGGAGACCUCCGCAAGUGCUCCACCAUCAAGCUGGAGGCUCACCAGAGCAGGGUGACCACCUUAGGCUGGUGUGGUAAGAAGGGCCUCCUGGCCACCAGUGGAAACGAUGGAACUGUCCGUGUCUGGAACGUGACCAAAAACCAGUACACGCUUCAGCAAACCUGUGUCUUCAACAGACUAGAUGGUUCCCCUGACGACUGUAUGGGCUCUCCGGGCGACCCAAGCCUUGGGCAGGUGUCCUGGAGCGUCAGUGGGAAAUAUCUGGCUGCUUGUCUGGAAAAAACUGUUAACAUCUGGCAAGUCAAUGGUGGUAAGGGGCUGGUCGACCAGCAGCCUCACUGGGUGUCAACCUUGGCUUGGCCAGAGGAGGAGGCUGGAUCACUUUGGGGUGGGGAACCACGAGAACUUUUACUCGUCGGUCGCAUGGAUGGAACACUUGGACUGUUGGAGGUUCUUGAUGCAUCCAACAUGGAGAGAACUGAAUUGCUGCACUGCUACAGAAAAGAUGUGGCUGUGAUGCAUAUUGCUUGGUAUAGUGAGGACCGUCCCUUUGCCAUUGGUUACGCUGAUGGAAAACUUCUGAUUGGCUCUAAAGAACCUUUGGAGAGUGGAGCUGUUGUAGUUAUUGAUGCUCACAAGGAGAGCAUCACUGGGUUGCACUGGGGCCCAGGGGGGCAGAUGUUAUUGAGUUGUGCCAAAGAGGAGACUGUGCACCUGUGGGCGGAGUCAGGGGCAGGACUAGGGCGGAGUUGGACGUGUUUACAGAGCAUCACUCACCCCGCUGUGGUUAAUGCCGUUGCCUGGUGCAAACUCCCUGGCCUGGGACCAAAAGCACUGAACAUGUUGGCCACGUGUUGUCAGAAUGGGCUGGUGUCUGUGUGGACACUACCACAGAAUCCCCCAGCGUACUCCCAGCCCAGCUCCGUCAGCCCAGAGGGAUGGUGGGACACAGAGGCCAAACCUAAACUGAGGCUGGGCCAGCAGCAUUCUGAGGGAGCAGUGUGUGUCUUCCAACUACGGGGUCACAUGACUCCGGUGCGAACAGUUGCAUUCAGCCCAGAUGGUCUGGCUCUGGUUUCAGGAGGGGUCGGUGGACUCAUGAACAUCUGGUCACUACGGGAUGGCUCAGUGCUCCAAACGGUGGUGGCCGGGUCCGGAGCCAUUCAGAAUACAGUGUGGAUCCCAGACGUGGGCGUGGCUGUCUGCUCCAACCGGUCAAAGGAUGUUCUGGUUGUCAACUGCUCAACUGAAUUCAUGGCGACGAAUCAUGUGUUGGCGACAUGCCGCACUGCCCUGAAGAAACAAGGGGUGGUUGGACUGAAUAUGGCUCCAUGUAUGCGGGCGUUUCUAGAGAGACUUCCUGUUAUGCUGCAAGAACAAUAUGCCUAUGAGAAGCCUCAUGUGGUGUGUGGAGAGCAGCUGGUUCACAGCCCAUACAUGCAGUGUUUGGCCUCCCUGGCAGUGGGACUGCAGUUAGACGCUCUGCUGUGCCGACCUCUGCUGCCCCCACACCUGGUCUACUGCCCCCCCGAGCCUGGCACCUGGACUGCCAGCGAGUGGGCGUGGCUUCACUGUUUCUCUACCACCGUAAAAACAGCAGAGGCUCUAGCGAGAGGACACACCUUCCCAGAAUCCUUCACUGUGCCUGAUCUGGAGCCUGUACCCAAAGACAAGAUGACAGAGCUCAUGGACAACAGUAAAUGGCUCCCUGGAAUGGAUGAACAGAUCAUGUCUUGGGCAACCUCCAGGCCAGAGGACUGGCACCUUGGGGGAAAGUGUGACGUGUAUCUGUGGGGUGCUGGUCGACACGGUCAGCUGGCUGAGGCUGGGCGGAAUAUUCUAGUGCCAACAGUCGCUGCUUCCUUCUCUCAAGCCCAGCAGGUUGUGUGUGGGCAGAACUGUACAUUUGUGAUCCAGGCCAAUGGGACUGUGUCUGCCUGUGGAGAGGGCAGCUAUGGCCGACUGGGACAGGGAAACUCAGACGACCUGCAUGUUCUCACUGUCAUCUCAGCUCUUCAGGGAUUUGUAGUGACUCAGCUGGUGACCUCCUGUGGUUCUGAUGGCCAUUCAAUGGCUCUGACAGAGAGUGGAGAGGUCUUCAGCUGGGGAGAUGGAGAUUACGGCAAACUGGGUCAUGGCAACAGUGACAGACAACGCAGGCCACGGCAGAUAGAGGCUCUGCAGGGAGAGGAGGUGGUGCAGAUGUCGUGUGGCUUUAAGCACUCAGCAGUUGUGACGGCUGACGGUAAACUCUUCUCCUUCGGUAAUGGAGAUUACGGGAGACUGGGCCUAGGAAACACAUCCAAUAAGAAACUGCCUGAGAGAGUUACUGCACUAGAGGGGCAUCAGGUUGGCCAGGUGGCUUGUGGACUGAACCACACUUUGGCAGUCUCAGCUGAUGGAAUGGUGGUGUGGGCAUUUGGAGAUGGAGAUUAUGGGAAACUUGGCCUAGGAAAUUCAACAGCAAAGUCUUCACCUCAGAAAGUGGAUGUUCUCUGUGGAAUUGGGAUUAAGAAGGUGGCGUGUGGAACUCAGUUCUCCGUCGCUCUGAGCAAAGAUGGAAAUGUGUACACAUUUGGACAAGAUCGUCUGAUUGGCUUGCCGGAGGGCCGUGCGCGGAAUCAUAACCGCCCCCAGCAGGUGCCUGCUCUGGCAGGUGUGUUCAUAGAGGAUGUGGCUGUGGGAGCAGAACACACACUCGCUCUCUCCUCCACUGGAGAUGUCUAUGCCUGGGGCAGCAAUUCAGAGGGACAGCUGGGUCUGGGCCACACUAACCACGUGAGAGAGCCAACUUUGCUAACUGCACUGCAAGGCAAAAACAUCCAGCAGAUCUCAGCUGGACGCUGUCACAGCGCAGCCUGGUCGGCACCUCCUCUACCACCACGGGCACCAGGCUCAUCAGUGCCUUUGCAGUUGGGUUUGCCAGUGUGUGUUCCUCCACAGUACAGUGCACUGAAGGAAGUGAGCAUGGAGAUGCUUAGGGCCAGACUUCGCCUUCUCUACCAUUUCUCUGACCUCAUGUACUCCUCCUGGAGAUUACUCAACCUGAGCCCCAACAACCAGAACUGCACGUCUCGUUACAACGCGGGCACGUGGGGCAUUGUGCAGGGACAGCUGCGCCCCCUCUUAGCCCCACGGGUCUACACCUUGCCCAUGGUGCGCUCCAUCGGUAAAACCAUGGUCCAGGGCAAGAAUUACGGCCCUCAGAUCACGGUCAAGAGAAUCUCCACCCGGGGGAGGAAGUGUAAACCCAUCUUUGUGCAGAUAGCUCGUCAGGUCGUCAAGUUAAAUGCUUCUGACCUGCGCCUGCCGUCUCGGGCCUGGAAGGUCAAACUGGUGGGGGAAGGGGCUGAUGACGCAGGGGGUGUGUUUGAUGACACCAUCACAGAGAUGUGUCAGGAGUUAGAGACUGGCGUGGUGGAUCUGCUCAUUCCAUCCCCCAAUGCCACAGCAGAAGUGGGCUACAACAGAGACAGGUUCCUGUUCAACCCAUCAGCUUGCCUGGAGGAGCAUUUGUCACAGUUUAAGUUCCUGGGAAUUCUGAUGGGCGUCGCCAUUCGCACUAAGAAGCCGCUGGAUUUGCAUUUGGCUCCUCUGGUGUGGAAGCAGCUGUGCUGUAUCCCCCUAACACUGGAAGACCUGGAGGAGGUGGAUCUGCUCUAUGUUCAGACACUCAACAGCAUCCUGCACCUGGAGGACAGCAGCAUCACUGAGCAAAACUUCCACGAGAUGAUUCCACUGGACUCCUUUGUUGGCCAGAGUGCUGAUGGGAAAAUGGUGCCCAUAAUCCCAGGGGGAAACAGUAUCCCGCUGACUUUCUCUAACAGGAAGGAGUACGUGGAGCGAGCCAUUGAGUACCGGCUGCAUGAGAUUGAUCGACAGGUGGCAGCGGUGCGUGAGGGCAUGUCGUGGAUCGUUCCCGUUCCUCUCCUCUCCCUGUUAACGGCGCGCCAGCUGGAGCAGAUGGUGUGCGGGCUGCCGGAGAUCAGCGUGGACGUGCUGAAGAAGGUGGUGCGAUACCGAGAGGUGGAGGAGCAGCAGCAGCUGGUCCAGUGGUUCUGGCAGACGCUAGAGGAGUUCUCCAACGAAGAGAGAGUUCUCUUCAUGCGCUUCGUCUCGGGACGCUCGCGCCUGCCCGCCAACACGGCCGACAUCUCGCAGCGAUUCCAGAUCAUGAAGGUCGACAGGCCAUACGAUAGUCUACCCACCUCUCAGACGUGCUUCUUCCAGCUCCGCCUCCCUCCCUACUCCAGCCAGGCCGUGAUGGCCGAGCGGCUCAGAUAUGCCAUCAAUAACUGCCGCUCCAUCGACAUGGAUAACUACAUGCUGUCUCGCAACGUGGACAACGCCGAGGGCUCAGACACAGACUAUUGACCUUUUGCACCAAACACACACGCGCACACACACACACAACACACUCACACGCACACACCCAUUCAGCAGAUGGGAGCUGUGCAUCUGUAUAGGAUUUACAAACAAACAAACAAACAAAGAAACAAACAAACACCAGGCUCUUAUUAAUUUUUAAAAAAAGAAAAAACAAUCAGUGUUUUCACACACACUCUUAAAUACAUAUCAGUUCAGUGUCUUUAUUUUACCGUAUUGUAUUUUAGCAGUUAAAGCAAUCAGGCAGUGGAGCAAAGAGGAGCAGACAUAGGAUGUUUCUCUUAUAUACAUUUCUUUCUCUCUCUCUCUUUCACUUUUCCUCUCCAACUUUGUUUUUUUCUGCUUCAUUGUAUUUUCAGGGGUUUGUGCAUGGAGGUAUGUUUACCUAAUUUGGAAACAUGUAUAGAAUAAUCAAAUGACAGAAAAAGGAAACGAAUAUUGUAUAUUGUGUAUAAUGCUUCUUUAGAAAAUUAUUUUACAUCCAUAUUUAUUUUGUUUUAAUUUUGAACUGCCUAAGCCAAGUUUCCUAAGACAAACACGGAAAUGCUUUAAUACUGAACUGCUUUAUGUCUCAUUACUGAAAAUUGAAAAAAAAAAAAAAAAAAAAAGAAAGAAAUUUAAGAAGAAAAAAAGGACAAAAUUUAGGUUUCUUUUAAAGGUGCUUCUGAAGAGUUGUGAAUAUGUGUGCUCUGGUUAUAAACGUAUGUUUCUUCCA